AUGCCUUCUGUCUUAGGUCUCACAACAGACCCUUCCCCCCACGGCCCAGGCGCCGAACAAAAGCAAAAGAAGAAGAAGCCCCAGUUCUCAGGCGUCGCCGACGACGCAAACCUCGAAGGCAAACAACUAGCUCGCCGUGAGAAGAAACCCGAAGAAGGCUCCCCCGACGGCGUCGAAAAGAAGAAGAAGAAGAAGUCGAGCAAGUCCAAAAAGGAGAAGAAGGAGUCGAGCGGGCCCAAACAAAUGCGCCACUACGACACCGACGAAGAAGACGAUUCAGAGGAAGAAGGACCCCUCAACACGAUCAAGCUCCGCAACCACGCCAAAGCAAUCGAGAUGGAGACGCUCCUCUGGGGCGCACUCUGCCACAAGCCCAAGAGCGCCCUGAAAUACAUUGGCAAGGGCGCCAUCAUGUGCAACCCGCUCCUCUUUGGCGACGCCGAGGUCUACUCGGAGCGCUCUGAGCCCACCCUCAAGGAGAUGCUCAAGGAGCAUGCCGACCCGCCCAUGAGCUUCAAGAUGCACAAGCCCCACGUCUGCGAGGUCGGCCUCAUGGCCAUGUCCAUCUGCUGCGACGUCACCAUCUUCCGCAUGAAUGACGAUAACGAGCUCGAGGCCGAGGAGUGCCAGAUCUCGUCGAGCUGGAGGCAAGUCGCGAGCGGAGACUGGGAGAUGGCGAGCUCCAUGGCCGGAUGGCAGGAGUAG